UGAUCACCAUGGCUGCCGUGGAUCGUUUCCACCUCUUGUACAGAGAGAUCAGCCGUUCCUGCAGUUUUUACGUAGAGGCCCUGGCUAUAGUUGGAGCUUGGUACACUGUCAGAAAGUGUGUGUCUCUUGCGGUUGACACUUACAGCGCGCUGAGGUUGCAUUUAAUUCCAAAGCUGGGCGGCGAGAUUGAUCUUGUCAAGCGGUAUGGAAAAUGGGCUGUGGUCACUGGUAGCACAGACGGUAUCGGGAAGGCAUAUGCCGAAGAACUGGCAAAGCGUGGUGUCAACAUCAUCUUGAUCAGCCGAAACAAAGAGAAGCUGGAGGCUGUGGCUAAGAGCAUAUCUGAAACCUAUAACGUGGAAACAGAUUUCAUAGUGGCGGACUUCAGCAAGGGGCGUGAGCCUUACCCAGCCAUUAAAGAGGCUCUGAAAAACAGAGAGAUUGGGAUUUUGGUGAAUAAUGUAGGAACGUGUUAUUCCUACCCGGACUAUUUUACCAAGCUGUCUGAGGAUAUGCUGUGGGACAUAAUGAACAUAAAUAUUGCUUCUGCUAACAUGAUGACGCAUAUUGUGCUGCCAGGCAUGGUAGAGAAGAAGAAAGGGGCAAUUGUGAAUGUUUCUUCCUCAUCCUGUUGUCAGCCAAUGCCAAUGAUGACAGUCUAUGGAGCCUCUAAAACCUACUUGGACUAUUUCAGUAGAGCACUACAUUAUGAAUAUGCCUCAAAAGGAAUUUUUGUUCAGAGUUUAACCCCAUCUGUAAUUGUUACAAAAAUGUCAGCGUGCUGCAGCUUUGCAUCAAAGAGAUCUUUCUUUUUUCCUUCUGCUGAAGAAUACGCACGUCACGCAGUUUCUACUCUUGGGUUAUCCACAAGGACUACUGGUUACUGGAAGCAUGCAAUACAGUUCACCUUGUUUGAGCGCCUGCCUGAACGGAUCUGGGCAUGGUUUGCACUGUAUGCAUGCAGAACUGUACGCAAGGAAGCUUUAACGUACAAAGUGAAAUAGGAAUGUCCAGGUGUCCUGUGUAAUGAGUACUAAAUUCUGAUCAGAGUGCUGCAGAAAUGUUCAGUGAACCUUGGUGCACUUAAUGUAACUUAUCUAUACCUUGCUAAACA